UCUGUAUGGACCAUUAGACAUCAGACAGCCUCGUGGAGCGCACUCAACCUACAGAUUUAGUUUCAGUGAAAUGUUUGCGGAAAAACCUUUAGUUUUUCUAUUUUUCUUGAACUUGAUAGGGUGCUCCAAAGGUUUAAAUAUUGUUUAGUAUCUAUUAUAAUUUCAGCCCAUGUUUUGUGCAAGACUAGUUUCAGUCAAAGAAUGGAACGAUUACAACUACGUGAAUUUCACGAUCUCUCCCCAAACAGUAAAUUCGACAAUAAAAUAUGACCCCACAAUCGACGUAAAGCAGGAUGUUAUGCAAUGCUAUAUUGCAAUUGAAGGCUACAUGGAAUCGAAAGGAAGAAAGUUGACGGUCGUUAAUGAAGUAUUAGAUUUGUGCGCAAUAUUUGCGGGGAAGGAGAUGAAUAUAAUGACUCUUUUGAUUCUCAUGCCGUUUCGGCAGGUGCGGACUAUGCCCCAGAAAUGUCCUGUAAAAAAAGGUUUUUACUUCGCCAAGGAUGUGGUCAUGGACACCAGCCAGUACCCAACAGUUUUACCUGAAGCUGUAUUUACUGUAAAAGUUAAAUUAAUGUUGAAUCAAAAAGAUGACAUGAAAACAGUUUAUAGAGCAACUGUUGUUGGUCAAGCGAAGCGUAUAUCUAGACGGAAGUCUUGCUCAAACAUUAAAGUUUGACACUUGUCACCAUACAAACAUCUUAAAAUUUA